GUUAAAAUGCCCAAGGGAUACUCUGAAAUGCAGGGGAAUGUCCAGGAAAUACCCGAACUGUCCUGAGUAAUCUGACAGUCCAUCCUCCAAGCCCUAUUUAAACGGUUUGUGAGCAUCUCUGAGCACCAUCUUGUCAGCAUGUGUGGGAUCUUUGGACAUUGUUUUUGUUCAAUCUGUGGGUGCUGCUGUCGGAAAAAUGCAAGCAAGACAGAGAUUAGAGCUGGCGAGUCAUUGAGAGGCACCAACAUUGACAAUAUAUCCCGCAGUAUAGGCACAAUGAGAAAUUUGUCCAUUCAAAUUACCAAUUUCACGGACAUGUACACCUUAUCAAAUCCAAGGGUCCACACCAGCAGUGGAUAUUCUCUCAAUCCUCCUCAGCCUACAAUUGCAAAAAAGACCAGUGAAGCCUGCACCUUUACCAACAUACUAGCUCCUGUAAAAGGGUGUGUAGGGGUCCUGGCAUACGAAAUCCUUAAAGAUGAAAAGCACUUUGUUGGUGAGCUUGUCAUAAUGUUCUCCGUACCUUAUGACUACAUUCUGUAUGAGAACUAUUUAGGUCUUGGUAUUUAUGAACAGCACAUUUCAUGUAAUGAUGAACUGUUCAACCAAAUGUAUUAUGAGGAUGGUCCAUUCACCAGAAUGAAGGCUACAGGGAGUGAAAUCGCGUAUUCUGGAGAAAGAAUUUGUGUGAAGGGAUCAAUGUCCUCUGCAGGCAAGGCAAUAAUAAAGGUUGAAUUUCGAGAUUCGAAGUUACCAAAACACAAACUACACAAGUAAACCACUGCAGAUUCAAGAUCAGGGAGUCAGUCAAGGAGGACUGAAUUGUAAAAUGUUGAAUAUUAAUAACCUAACUGAUAAUAUGUCUGUGAACUAAUAUACUACUGUAUUAUACUCAAUAAUAGCAAGUUCUCUAUUACUGUGUUGCAUAUUUCCUCUCAGUGCAUUUAGUUCUAUCCUACUGUAUGUUAACACCACUCUCAGUGCAAUGUAAUUGUCAAUUGUCAAAAUGUGUUGCAAAAAUGCACAAUAUAUAUGCCAUACAUAAUAAACUAUGAUCAGAAUGUCAACAUGAUUUACAUUUGUUUA